AUGGCCAUCAACACGAAACUUAAUGGGAUCUGGAGGAGAUUACCAACGCAGGGCUCCAUGUUAUUCAGUGAAGGCUAUUAAGACUUCGUGGGAUCUAAAGAUUUAAUAGGAGACUGUCUGGGACCUUGAGCAAGCCACCAACAGAACUUCAUGAGAUUCUUCAAGAGAGCUACUAUCAACGUGCGAUUUCAUGCGAUUCAGAAGAACGCUAUUGUCUGUGGGACUUCUUAGAAUUUAGAAGAGACAACUACCAACAUGGAACUUCGUGGGAUAUAGAAGAGGUAACUACCAACCAAUGUGAGACUGUGGGAUUCAGAAGAGGGCUACUACCAACGUGGGAUUCAGAAGAGGACUACUACCAACGUGGGAUUCAGAAGAGGGUUACUACCAAC